AUGCUGAAGAUGUCAGAGAAACUGCAGGAGCAGUUCCCGCGAGCUUCGGAUAUCGAAGCGGACAUCAAGAAGCAGGAGGAGUCAGCAGUCAAGGAGAAGAAGUUCAAGGAGGACGACGAGCAACAAGACGAGGCGCCACAGAUGAAACUGAAGUUCUCGCCCGAUCUCGUGAUCCAGUCCGAGCAAUUCUUGAAGCGCUGGUGUCCCAAGCGGCCAGAGAAAUCCCACACCAUCCCACGCGUGCUGCCGACAGUGAAUGAGUUCUUGAGCAUCAAGAAGCUCCCUGUCGAUGAGCGGUGGCAGAUGCUGGCCCUUGCUGGUGCCGGCUCCUUCGACCCCAAGCUCGACUCGGACCCUUCGAAUCCUGUGUACACGCAGUGGGUCCAUGAGAGCAUGACUCAGAACAAGCUGGCGUGCGUGACGGCCGGCAAGGAGUUUACGUGGGGUGCCAACGUUCCGGCGUCCACGGUGGUCGUGACCAAGUCCUUCGCUGAGACGACGUCCGUCGCAGGAAUGCUGCAGUACGUGGGGCGCGCCGCACGGCGUGGGCUGACGACGCAUGGGCAGGCCAUCUUCGAAAGGGACGAGGACCUGCAGCGCAUCUUCGCCAGUCCCGAUGGGCUCUCCACGGAGGCGCUGACAAUGGAGCGCUACGCGGAGUGGUGGCUAAGCCGCGGCAAGGUCUGGUGA